UUCCCGCGACGCCCCGCGGCUGCCGGCUGCCGUAAAGCGGCCCCCUGGCCACGACUCUCCCGCCCGCGCCGUGGGGGAGCCGAGUUCCCGCCAGGCGCCUCCGGCUCCGGGAGUCGGGGAGCCGCCAAGUGCUCGCGCCCACGGCAUCCUCAAGGCCGGCCACGGUGGCCAGGGGGCGGCCUGGAGACAGCGGCGGGGUCCACACGCGCCAUGGCGCACAAAGAGUCGGGAAAGGCCCCUGUGACAUUUGAUGACAUCACAAUGUGCUUGCUCCAGGAGGAAUGUAUGCUGCUGAGUCAGCAGCGGAAGGAGCUCUGUGGCUCUGAUAAGCUGGUGGCACCACCGGGACCAACUGCUGCCAACCCCGAGCUGCUCUGUAAGUUUGAGCAGGAGCCAGAGCCAUGGCUUGAAGAUGUCCAGGGCCAGAGCUGCAUCCUGGAGCAUCACCCAGGAAAAAUCCAGACGGGCUACCCGGAAGAAACAGACGUGCAGAGUGCUGCCAAGGAGAGUGGGCAGUGCCUGCCUCCCCAGAAGAGGGCCUGCCUUACCCACUGCAGUCCGGAGGCAGACUGGGCAGGAAGAAGCAAGAAACCCCUGAGGCCCCGAUCGAUCCAGAAGUCUUGGUUUACACAGUUUCCCUGGCUGAUCAUGAAUGUGGAGCAGACGGCUCUGUUCUGCUCAGCUUGCCGAGAGUAUCCAUCCGCCAGGGAUAAGCGAUCGAGGUUAAUAGAAGGUUAUACGGGACCCUUCAAGGUGGAGACACUCAAAUACCACGCCAAGAGCAAAGCCCACAUGCUCUGUGUCAACGCCUUGGCUGCCAAGGACCCCACCUGGGCAGCCCGUUUCCAGAGCAUCCCAGACGCAUCUGGAGACGGCCUAGCCAGCCCGGAGCACCUCUCCAGUGCGGAUUAUCCCGUGUUCUGCCCGUUGGGGCCUCUGGGAGACCUCAAAGGCAUGAUGGAACUCCUGCCCAGCUCCAGAGCGGAACUGGAGGACCCCGGGGAGAAUGGAGCAAUGCCUGGGUUGUAUCUAGACUGCAUUAAAAACCUGGGGCCAAAAGAAAUCUCCAACGAUACCAACAGCUCCUCAGACCUUAACAUUGCUGUUGAAUUGUGCAGUCAGGACCCUCCGGAAGAGGGGCUGUUGGAGGAGCUUCCGGUGGUCUUUGAGGAGCUUCCGGUGGUGUUUGAGGAUGUGGCAGUGUAUUUCACCCAGGAAGAGUGGGGCAUGCUAGACAAGCGGCAGAAGGAGCUGUACAGAGACGUGAUGCGGAUGAAUUAUGAGCUGUUGGCCUCCCUGGGGCCUGUGGCCACCAAGCCUGACCUGAUCUCCAAGCUGGAACGGAGAAGUGCGCCAUGGGUCAAGGACCUGAAUGGACCCAAGUUGGGGAAAGACUGCCCUCUAGGGAAAAAGAAAGUGGUGGUUACAGGAGAGAUUGACAUGCAAGCCUCAGCUUUACAACCUGCAUCGCUCCCAGCUCCUUCUGCGGAGAUAUGUCCCUCCUCCGACUGCAGUGCCAGCCUUUGUGAAGUGGACACAGAGGGUCCCGGGAAGGUCAAGAGGACUUACCGCCCACGGUCCAUUCAGAGGUCAUGGUUUGGGCAGUUCCCCUGGUUGGUCAUUGACCCCAAAGAGACCAAGCUGUUCUGCUCAGUCUGCAAGGAAAGGCCCACUCUGCAUGACAAAUCGUCUCGGCUGGUCAGAGGUUACACGGGGCCUUUCAAAGUGGAGACGUUAAAAUACCACGAGGUCAGCAAAGCACACAAGCUCUGCGUCAACACUGUUGAAAUCAGAGAUGACGCCCCACAGCCCACCCUGGUCCCAGAGAUCUCCAACGACCUCAUGGCCAACAUGGAGCACUUCUUCCACGCUGCCUACUCCAUUGCUUACCACUCGAGGCCGUUGAAUGACUUUGAGAAGAUUCUGCAGCUCCUGCAGAAUACUGGGACCGUGAUCUUAGGCAAGUAUCGAAACCGCACCGCCUGCACACAGUUCAUCAAGUACAUCUCUGAGACGCUCAAGAAGGAGAUUCUCCAUGACAUCCGCAAGUCUCCCUGCAUGAGCGUGCUGCUGGACAGCUCCACGGACACCUCGGACCAGGCCUGUGUGGGCAUUUAUAUCCGCUACUUGAAGCAGGUAGAGGUAAAAGAGUCCUACAUCAUGCUGGCCCCCGUCCACAGUGAGACCGUGGAUGGAUACUUCGAGACCAUCGUUUCUGCGCUGGACGAGCUGGACAUCCCUUUCCGGAAGCCUGGCUGGAUGGUGGGCCUGGGAACCGACGGCUCCAGCAUGCUGAGCUGCAAAGGAGGCCUCGUGGAGAGGUUCCAGGAGAUCAUCCCCCAGCUGCUGCCUGUCCACUGUGUGGCCCACCGGCUGCACCUGUCCGUGGUGGAUGCCUGUGGCAGCAUCGAUCUGGUGAGGAAGUGUGACAGGCACAUCCGGACUGUCUUCAAGUUUUAUCAGUCCUCAAACAAAAGGCUGAAUGAGCUUCAGGCAGGAGCCGCUGCCCUGGAGCAGGAGAUCAUCCGCCUGAAGGACCUGAAUGCUGUCAGGUGGGUGGCCAGCAAGAGGCGCACACUGAAUGCGUUCAUCACCAGCUGGCCCGCCCUGGCUAGGCACCUGCAGGGCGUGGCAGAUGCUGGGGGCCCGAAUGGACAGAGGGCCAGGGGCAUGCUGAAGCUGAUGAAGGGCUUCCAUUUCAUCAAGUUCUGUCACUUUCUUUUGGACUUCCUAAACAUCUAUAGGCCCUUGUCUGAGGUGUGCCAGAAAGAGAACGUGCUGAUCACAGAGGUGAACUCGACGCUAUCACAGGCCUACGUGGCACUGGAGACCCUCCGUGAGGAGGCAGGGCCCCAGGAGGAGGAGUUCAACGCCAACUUCAGGGACGACCAAUUGCAUGGCAUCUUCCUCCAAAGAGUGGAGAUGGCAGAGCAGCGGUUCCAGACAGACCGGGAGAGGACGAUCCUGAUCGGGCUGCAGUACCUCCAGCAAAGGUUUGACACAGACCGGCCCCUGCAGCUCAAGAACAUGGAGGUAUUUGACACCACGGCCUGGCCAGCUGGGGUGGAUCUGGCCAGUUUGGGGAAUGAUGAUAUUCUUGCCCUUGCCAAGUAUUUCAGGCUCUCCCUUCCCACGGCGUACAGCGAGGAUGCACUCCUGGAGGAGUGGCUGGACCUUAAAGCCAUUGCCCAAAACCUCCCAUUCUCCAUUCUGUGCAAAAAUGCCCUGGCCCAGCACCAGCGCUUCCCCUUGCUGAGCAAGCUCAUGGCCGUGGUGUGCUGUGUGCCCACCUCCAGCUCCUGCUGUGCACGGGGAUUCAAGGUCAUGAACCGGAUCAGGACCGAUGAGAGGACCAAGCUGUCCAAUGAGGUGCUCAACACGCUCAUGAUGACGGCGGUGAAUGGCGUCGCCGUCGCAGAGUACAACCCCCAGCCCGCCAUCCAGCACUGGUACCUGACCUCCUCAGGCCGCCGCUUCAGCCACGUCAAUGCCUGUGCCCAGGGGCCAGCCCGCUCCCGUGCCAGUGCGGGACUCAACAAACAGGAGGUGGGCGUGCGUUGUACCAAGGAAUCUGUGACCCAGCAGCUGCCUGUCAUGCCCUCCGGGGAGCCAGAGGAGGUGCUGAAGGACUGCGUCCCAGAGCCUCCAGGAGAGUCCUGUCCCCGCAUGCCAGCCUAGGAGCCCCUGAGCUAGCCUGAGGGACUACUUGUAGGACAGCCCUCUGCAGAAUCGGGACUGCCUCAGGUCUCCCUUUGCAGAGUCUCUCUGUAAAGACAGCAGAAGCCCCUACCUCCAAGAGGCAAGGUAAUUGGGCGGUGCACCUCCUGCUGACCUGGGCCCCUCCACAGGCACAGCAGGACCCUCUGUGCACAGAUAAGCUGAAAAGGCUCUCAUCUCAAGUUUGUUUCUGAGGCGCAGCAGGAAGAUUUCACCUUAUGUCCUGGUGGCAAGGGGACAUCUCCAAGUGGGAGAGACUGUUGGAGGUGGGAGCCUAACAGGGUAUCCCAGCCCUCCAGGCACUCCUAGAAAAUGUUUCAGAGAGGCCACCCCAGAGCCUUGGUGCAGGUGGCAGGAGGGAGGAAGGUCCCUCCUACCCCAACUUGUUAGGGGUACAAAUAACCCUGCUGAAGGGACAGCUGAUCUGCCUGCAAGCAUUCACGCAGGUCAUCAUGGUGGGGUCUCUUGCCCUGGCUCCCAUGGCAAAUCAGGUGGGAAACCCUCAUCACACAGUAUCUUGCCUUUCACCUGGAACCUGCCUUUAGGGUACCACAAGACACUUUGGACAGAACCCAAGAAAGGUUAUCUUCUCACAGCUCCUGGAUGGGGGCAGAGCCGGUGCUUUUCCUAGAAGGAAUACAGAGUACCAGACCUUCGAGCCGUCGAACUUGACCUAUAUAGCAUGCCAGGCCCAUUUCCUUAUGGGG